AUGAAACCUCCACCUGGUUUGUUUUCAUCACCCACAUCAGAUGUUUGCAAGUUGAAGCGAUCUUUGUAUGGAUUAAAACAAGCUCCCAGAGCUUGGUGUGACAAGUUUCGAUCUACUUUGCUUCAACUCUCUUUUGAACAAAGUUGUGUUCUUCUUUUGGUAUAUGUAGAUGACAUCAUUAUCACAGGAACUGAUUCUUCAUUAAUCACUAGCCUCCAGCAACAACUUAAGGAUUCUUUUCAUAUGAAAGAUCUUGGUACUCUAACAUAUUUCUUGGGAUUGGAAGUUCAUUAUAAUUCUUUAGGUGUUUUCUUAAACCAGUGCAAAUAUACUCAGGAUUUAAUUGCUUUGGCUGGUCUUCAAGAAUCACCCUCUGUUGAUACUCCAUUGGAAUUGAAUGUAAAGUAUCGCCGUGAUGAAAGAGAUCUUAUUCCUGAUCCAACUUUGUUUCGACAAUUAGUUGGAAGCCUAAAUUAUCUUACUAUUACUAGGCCUGACAUCUUUUUUGCAGUUCAACAAGUCAGUAAAUUUAUGCAGAAUCCCUGUCAUCUACAUGUAGUGGAUGUUCGUCGCAUCAUUCGAUAUCUCUCAGGAACAUCUACUCGUGGAUUGUUCUUUCCUAGCGGCUCUCCUAUUCAGCUUAAAGCGUUUAGUGAUUCUGAUUGGGCUGGAUGUUCUGAUACUCACUGCUCCGUCAUGGGAUGGUGCAUGUCUCUCGGAGAUUCUUUGAUAUCUUGGAAGAGCAAGAAGCAAGAUUGCGUUUCAAAAUCUUCAACGGAGGCUGAAUAUCGAGCAAUGUAUACUGCUUGUUCUGAGAUUAUUUGGCUUCGUGGUUUAUUUGCAGAAAUAGAAUUUCCUCAAUCUAGUCCUACUUCUUUCUAUGCUGACAACACAAGUGUCAUUCAGAUUGCAACCAAUCCAGUUUAUCACGAAAGAACCAAGCAUAUUGAAGUGGACUGUCAUUUUAUCAGAGAAGCUGUAGAUAGAAGAGUUAUUCCUCUUCCACAUGUAUCUAGUGAUCUUCAAAUAGCUGAUAUGUUUACAAAAUCAAUGGCACGACAAUGUCAUCGGUUUCUACUAGGCAAAUUGAUGCUUGUUGAUCCACCAACAUCAAUUUGA